GCAAUGGCAACAGUGGUAGACGAUUCCAGUUCCCGCCUUUGCUUUAGCUUCUCCAAUUUUUAUUUCACGUUGAUUUGAGUCCAUUUGACACAUCUUGAAUUAUAGAAUAUAGACGCCAAAUAGGCAAAUAAUUUUUUGGCUAAAAAUGUUCUCUAGAAAGAAAAGGUUGAAGAAAAAAUCAAAAGUGUUAACUGAAGACGAAACAGUCGUGAAGAAGGCGAAUAUUCAAGAAAAUCCUCUUGGACAUUUGAUAGCGUUUCAGUCUUUUUCGCGAAAUGGGUUAGAGGUUCAAUUUAAAUGUUGUAAAGUCUCCCAACUUGACCAAGCUACAAUUGAUUGGUCAUUUGACCUGUUGAAAAGGAACAUGAAACAAAUGUAUGAAGAUAGUGCUUGGGGCUGGAAUGAGAAAGAGAAGUUAUUAGAAAUGACUGAAGAUUCUGCUUGGUAUUUGGUUGCCUUUACAAAAGAGGGUAAUCCAAUAGCUUUUUCUCAUUUCCGGUUUGACAUGGACUAUGGCUUUCCUGUUUUAUAUUGCUAUGAAUUGCAAUUGGAAAUGGAAUGCAGAAAGAAGGGACUUGGUCGAUUCAUGCUUCAAAUUUUGGAGCUGAUGGCCUUUACUGCCAACUUGAAGAAAGUUGUGCUUACUGUAUUCGUGCACAAUUUUAAUGCAGUUGGAUUUUUCAAAAACCUUGGAUAUUCUGUUGAUGAAACCAGCCCAGAAAACACACUUGAAGAACAAUUUGAUUAUGAAAUUUUGAGUAAAUGUAGAAAAAGUACAACAAAAAAUUAACAUGACCAGGCCACAUGUGUAUAAAAGUUGAUCAUUUUUUUUACCAACUAAAAAGUUCUUAACCGUGUUUUUUUUCACCCAAUCCAUCCCAUCAUCAUAACAUCAAUAGCGGAACACAUAUAUACCAAUAUCAAACUCCG